UAGAAAGGUUUUCUUCAGCCAUGUUUCGAUAGCGGGAGGAUACGGAGAACGAUGAAAGAUGACGAGUAACGCACUCAAAGUGCACCUUAUAUUUGUCGCUUCUGCCUUUGGGUGAAAGUGGUAGAUCAGCGAACCGCGACGGUGAAAUCGUAGCCGGCGUACUUCUAUCGUUGUGUAUGUAUGUAUAUACACGUUUUUCGUGUCCGUCAUUCCGUUCCCAAGUGCGGCGCUCUUAGGGGAUGAAAUGUCAAAAAGUUAAAGUAGAUAAUACUGGUAACUAUGGCUGUUUCACAUUCAUUUAACGUAGGAGACAUAGUUCACUUGAACGUGGGUGGCACCAGGUUUUCCACAUCCCGACAGACAUUGACAUGGAUACCGGACUCGUUUUUCACUGCUCUUUUAAGCAAUCGUAUUGCAAGCCGACGAGACGAAAAUGGAGCACUUUUCAUAGAUAGGGACCCAAAAAUGUUUUCUAUUAUUCUUAAUUAUCUUAGAACUAGAGAUAUCGAUCUAAGAAACAUGGACAUAAGAACGCUCCGACACGAAGCCGAGUACUAUGGUAUAACGCCUUUGGUUAAACGCUUGAUGCUAUGCGAGGAUCUAUCCCAAUCAUCCUGUGGAGAUGUCUUGUUCUAUGGCUGUUUGCCACCUCCAUGCAUACCAUUACAAAAGCCACUGAGUAUAACUUCCAGCGUUAGCGAUGUCUCAGUUCAUGGUAGGCUUGUUAGUGGUCCUGUUCCAGUCACUAGGGGAGAUAUUCCAACUACAUCUCAAUCUAAUAAUACUUCCAGCAAUUGUUCUACCCAAAGCACUAAUUCUACUGGUCAACAAAACCAAAAAUCAUCAUUACCAACACAUGCUCGGAAUUCUUCACUUGAUUAUCGUGUUUCACAACGUGGCUUACCACAUUCUCGCACACCAUCCCUUGAUUUAAGGCAUGUCAGAAAUAAUUCAGCAGACUUAAAUAAGUUGUUUAAAAAUGAUGUGAGUCUUGUGUUUGGCCCUCAACAAGUUUCAACAUGGGUAGAUCCACUAAGGGUUCAAAUCAUAAAAGCACAUCAUAACUGGAUAGUUAUUGCAUAUGCUCAUUUUAUAACAUGUUAUCGCUUGAAAGAUUCGUCAGGAUGGCAGCACGCUUUUACAAGCCCACAUAUCGAAUCGAUAAUUGAACGAGUAGCGGUCAAUGCUAAGUUGGGUUCUGUUACGGAUGGUAAAAUGGUAGCCAUUUCGUAUGGUAGUCAAGUACGCCUGUGGAGUGUAUCGGAAGAAGGCAUAAAAACUAACAUUGGCACAUUUAAUUUAAAUGUCCGUGUCGAAUACUUGUUUUUCAUCGGUAGUCAGUUAGUUGCUCUAUCUCCAACUGGAAAGAUUGGAGUAUGGCAUGCCAUGACACAUCAUUGGCAAAUACAGGACGUAGUGCCUAUAUCAUCCUUCGAUACAGCUGGCUCAUUUCUAUUACUUGGUUGCAAUAAUGGAUCUAUUUAUUAUAUAGAUAUGCAGAAAUUUCCUCUUAGAAUGAAGGACAAUGAUUUGCUUGUAACUGAACUGUACCGCGAUCCAAGUCAUGAUCCUAUUACUGCAAUAUCUGUGUAUUUAACCCCAAAAACAAAAGAUUUCCUAUCCCGCAUUGCAGGUCUGUGUGGAAAUUGGAUUGAGAUAGCAUAUGGAACAAAAUCAGGAAGUGUACGAGUUAUUGUACAGCAUCCAGAAACUGUGGGUCAUGGGCCUCAACUAUUCCAAACAUUCACGGUACAUCAGAGCAGUGUCACAAAAGUGACUCUUUCCGAAAAAUAUUUGGUAUCCGUUUGCUCAGAGUAUAACCACGUAAGGAGUUGGGCUGUAAGGAGGUUUCGUGGCAUGAUCUCAACUCAACCUGGUUCCACACCUGAAGCAAGCUUUAAAAUAGUAUCUUUAGACGCAGUUGAUCCUUGCGUUAGUUAUAGCGUAGGAAAUGAUUUCGGGCCCUUUGGUGAGCAGGAUGAUGAGCAAGUUUUUGUACAAAAAGUAGUACCAGAAACUGAUCAACUCUUCGUACGAUUAGCUUCCAAUGGUAAAAGAGUUUGCGUGAUUCAAUCUGUGGAUGGCAGCGUAAUUAGUUCCUUUUGUGUCCAUGAGUGUGAAGGAUCCAGUCGAAUGGGCUCAAGACCCAGGCGUUUCAUUUUUACGGGGCAUUCUAACGGCGCCGUUCAAAUGUGGGAUCUCACUACAGCCUUAAAUCCCUCUCCAAAAAAGGAUUCAGCCAAAGAAGCACCUGGUGGACCAACCCCAGAAGAACUAUGGAAAUUGUUAGACCAAUGUGAUUUAAGCAACAGCCACUGCUCUACACCAUGUAUUAGCCCAUGUCCUUCACUAGUCGCAGCAGGACCAAGACUCAAGGCAAGCAAUGUGCUUUUUUUGAAUCAAUCUCAAAAUGCUGAACCAGCUCCUGGCCCGAGUCAACCUUGAAAAAGGUAUUGUCCUAUGCUGUCAUGCAUUCGCAGCUGAUAUUUCUUCAGGACUUUACGAGACUCAGAACUGACAUUCAAAUUUAUUUAUCAACCAUGAUUCGCUUUGCUCUAAAUAUUUUGCUGCUAUUAUUGCAAGGGCCAAGUGUUAAGGGGAAAGUGCACAAUUUGUAUUAUUUGUAAAUAAAAAUAGUCAUUUUUUUAUUAGAGCGUAGAGUAAAGACUCCAACGCAUAGCGUAUUACCAGACAACCUACAAAUACUUCGAAUUUAACUCUUUUACUAUUGUACUUUAUAAUGGAAACGAUGUAAAGAUACAAAUUAGAAAAUCCAAUCAACUGAACUUUUGCAUUGACGGGAUAUAGCAUAUCAAAACAUAAAAAAUGCUCACGAUAGUAUUCUUAAAAUUGAAGGUUACGACAUUUCAUUUUAGAUGUUAUUACAAUGUUCUAAAAUGACUGUAAACUGAAUUAGAAACUUCCUGUGCCAAACAAAAUAGUAAUACAGAUGUUAAGCUGUCAUAUUAGUGAAAUGCAAUUAUUAAAAGCAAUGAUUCAUUAAAAAGAAAGAAAACAAAAAUGAGGGCAUAAAAUAAACAACUGUAUCAUUAGUAAUGCAAAAUUAAAUAAUAUCUAGUUCAACAGUUUUUCUCCAGAGUGUCAAAAGCCGUUGUAUUCAAUGCUCAAUUCAGUGACUGGUUGUAAUGCGUAAUUUAGAGCAUAAGAUUUUCGAUUCAACGACCUAUAAUCGUAAUUUUCACAGCAUUGCUUUGUUUAUAGUUUUUGUACAUAUUUGUAACAUUGUUUGAAUGUCUACAGUGUAUUUUGUACAUAUGGAAUAGAAUAAUAGGUGUUAUGCAAGAUGUGUAAAGGAAUUGCAUUUUUAAUGCAACUAAUUAUUAAAGAAUUAAUGUAGAUACAUUUAUGUAUAUAAAAAAUACGAGUUUUUGUCCGAAUGUGAAGAUCAUGUUUUCAUAAAGCAGUUUUUUUUUUUAACAAGCAGCUGGUAUAGCUUCUUUGUCUCUGCUAGGUGUUCGCUUUGUGUAGAAAUGAUGUACGAUUGCAAGUACGAAAUCAAUUGUAAUGUUCAUAUCAUAAAGUCAUUUGAACAUUCUCAAAAAUGUUAUGUCCAUUAGAGUUAAAACACUUGUUUGUUUUAAAUUGCAGAAAAGUGUUUAGACAUACUUACUAUUUCAAUAAAAAAAAGGUUGUAACUGGUUUUCAUGAAUUUCAAAAGAGAAAUAUCGAUGCACUUAGUAAUUAAUAUAGAAAGUUAUAGUUUAUAGCUAUGAUCUUUUUAAACCUAAGUAAUAAAAUUGU